AUGGCACACAAGUUGUCCAUUUUCCGAGAAGCACGACCCGUCGCACAAAAGAAACGACGGUUCGGAGAAGAAAAGCGUAAAGCCAUCCAGGUCGAGGUGGAAAAGUUGAUGAACGCCCGGUUCAUCAAGGAGUUAACUUACACUACAUGGUUGUCGAACGUAGUUAUGGUCAAAAAGUCGAGCGGCCAGUGGAGAAUGUGUGUCGAUUUCACCGACCUCAAUAAAGCAUGUCCCAAAGAUUCAUAUCAUUUGCCUAGCAUAGACCGUUUGGUAGAUGGAGCGUCCGGCCAUGUCAUACUCAGUUUCCUCGACGCGUACUCGGGGUACAACCAAAUCCCCAUGUACGCACCCGAUCAGAGCAAAACAGCCUUCAUCACAGAACAUGCUAAUUACUGUUAUGAAGUAAUGUCAUUCGGUUUGAAGAACGCCGGGGCUACCUAUCAACGUCUAAUGGAUAAAGUCUUCCAUCAGCAAAUAGGACGUUGCAUGGACGUCUAUGUCGAUGACAUGGAGGCUCCAUCAUUCAAGCUUAUAUACUUCAUCAGCCGUACACUUCAGGGAGCGGAAGAGAGAUAUUCUCAAAUCGAGAAGAUCACAUUGGCCCUCCUUACGGCUUCGCGUCGACUCCGACCAUACUUCCAGAGCCAUCAAAUAAUAGUUCGCACCGAUCAUCCUAUUGCUAAGAUACUCCGUAAACCCGAUUUAGCGGGACGCAUAGUUUCAUGGUCGAUAGAACUGUCAGAGUUCGGUCUCCGCUACGAGCCACGGGGAUCUGUUAAGGGUCAACAUUUGGCAGACUUCGCCACCGAAUUAAUACCCCCACCUGGAAAUUCAACAUUAAAGUGGCUCCUCAGCGUCGACGGAUCCUCAGACAAAAGGGGAGGAGGAGCUGGUGUUCUCCUAGAAGGACCGGAUGGUUUAAUUAUAGAGCAAGCCAUCAUGUUCAAAUUUCAUGCCAGCAACAAUCAAGCAGAAUAUGAAGCCUUAAUUGCUGGUCUAUCCCUGGCCGUCGAACUCCAGAUUACUUGCCUAGAGUGUCGGAUGGAUUCGCAGUUGGUUGUCGGACAGGUGAACGGAACUUAUCAAGUCAAGGAUAAUCAGUUAUUGCGUUAUUUCCACAAAACUCAGACCUUGCUUCAAAACUUCACAGAGUUUAGCAUCGUCCAUAUACCCAGGGAGCAAAACACGAGGGCAGAUAUCUUGUCUAAAUUGACUCACUCUAAGGAGCGAGCACAAUUAUCUUCAAUCAUUAAGAUGACGCUAGACCACCCAGUCGUGGAAGCACUCGCCAUCGACAUGUCGACACCUAUAGUAGACUGGCGCCUAAAAGUCAAAGAUCUUAUGAUAAAACAAGAACAAGGAGAGGACAUUACCGUGACCGACUCCAAACGCAUUGCACGUUUUGUGUGCAUAGGCGACGACCUUUACCGUCGCGGACACAGCACUCCUCUAUUGAAAUGCAUAUCCGAGGAAGAGGCCGACUACGUUUUACGUGAGUUACAUACAGGGAUAUGUGGAUUCCAUUCAGGCAAACGAACACUCAGGGCCCGGAUUCUUCGCGCAGGAUAUUACUGGCCCACGAUCGACCACGACUGUGACGAAUUCGUAAAGAAGUGUAUCUCCUGCCAAGCACAUGGCCACGAAAUUCACGCACCUCCAGAGGAAUUGCACGAUAUUGUCGCCCCAUGGUCGUUCGCUCAGUGGGGUCUCGACAUAGUCGGACCACUACCACCUGCCAAAGCACAAAACAAGUUCCUCCUUGUUGCGGUUGACUACUUCACAAAGUGGAUAGAAGCCGAACCAUUGUCUGUCAUUAGUGCCCAACGGGUGCAGAAGUUCAUCUGGCACCUCAUCUGUCGGUUUGGUCUGCCGCAAAAAAUCAUUACUGAUAAUGGUCGACAAUUCAUCGAACGUAAACUGGAAGAAUUCCUUAACAGUUUGGGCAUCAAACAUAUCACCUCAUCGGUCGAACAUCAAUGGUCGACAUCGAACGGUCGGUUAUUAGUGGUCGACAUCAGUUCGGAUGUUUAG